UGGAGGUCGGUUUGAAGUUGUGAGAUGGGUCUUUUGUUGAGGGAAGUUUUGAAGAUACUUUGUGGUGUUAAUCAAUGGUGUUAUGCUGUUUUUUGGAAGAUCGGAUGCCAGAAUCCUAAGUUGUUAAUCUGGGAGGAAUGUCACUUCGAGCCAACAUCAUGUUCAGUUCCACCAAGUACUUCUGGAACUGAGAACCUAGCACUUCCUUUUGGAGAGUGGGAAGGACACUUUGGUUCUGAUGUCCACUCUUCUCAUCUUGGAAUUCAAGCGGGGGGUAGACUCUGUUCGCUUAUUAACAAAAUGAUGGUGAAUAAUCAGGUUAAUAUUGUAGGCGAAGGAAUCGUUGGGCGUGUUGCGUUUACAGGAAACCAUGAGUGGAUUCUUGCAAAUAAUUACAGUAAAGAUGCCCAUCCUCCAGAAGUUUUAAAUGAGGUUCAUCACCAGUUUUCAGCUGGGAUGCAGACAAUUGCUGUUAUUCCUGUUUGUCCUCAUGGUGUACUUCAACUUGGUUCUUCCUUGGCUAUUAUGGAGAAUAUUGGGUUCGUGAAUAAUGUGAAGAGUUUGAUCCUGCAACUAGGGUGUGUCCCUGGAGCACUUCUGUCUGACAACCAUAUGGAAAAAGAACCCACAGAAAGAAUUGGAAUGCCUAUUUCCUGUGGAAUGGCUCUUCCAGUGUGUUUUUCUGGAACUUAUAAGGUGCCAAACUCCACUCCUUCCUUGGCGGACAGCUGCAACCAACAAAUAAUCUCAUCUCAGGAGGCUUCUAGAAUUGUUGGUCAACCUUCUUGUUCUCAAACUAGACAGGUUCAGGAUGAUCAACAUGCUACUUCUUCGGCCAUUCAUAUCCCCAAUGCGACUGGAAUUUUAACUAAAUCUUGUGAUGACUUCCGUGAACCAAACAUUACCUCACUUAUGAAGCCAGACAAUCCAUUCAUGGGCCAGCUAGCAAAUGGAGUUGUUGGAGCUGAAGUGAUCCCCUCAAAUCCUGGUGCGUGGGUGAACCACCAGACUUCAUCAAGCAAUUUAAGACUUGGAUUCAAUCAUCGACCAAUUAUUAGUCAGUCAAAUACCAAUAGUAGCAUACUAAAAUUACUGGAACAGCAGAUUUUCUCCGAUGUUGGUGCACAAAAUCAUGUUAGCCACUAUAAAAAUGAAUCAGAGGGCCUUACUAUGGUUGACCCAAGGAAAAAUGAAGGCCAUUUUCUUAAUUCUACUGGAGGUUCUCAUAUAUCUGGACAGUCUCAUAUAUCUGGACAGUUACCUAGUGUAGUGGGCACUAAGAGGAGAGCAAAUUCCAUCCUUUGUCCCCUUUUAAAACCAGAGAAAUUGGCAGAUAUCAAUCACUCAUCGACGCUUCUGGCUGGGUUUGGGACUCAAAAUGUUGGUUCUUCAAAGGCAGAGGAUGAUCAUUUAUCUGGUCUGUUGGAUCAAUUAAGUGCGAGGGGCAUUCUUUCAGGGGGUUCUAAUCUUGAAUAUCCCCACACAGAUGUGAAGCCUACUAAAAAGGAGGCAACUACAAUGGAAAAAAAGAUUGAAGGUGAUUUAUUUCAAGCACUUAAUGUCCCGCUGGCUCAACCAGGUGAACUUGUAUAUUUGGGUGAGAAUGUUCUUGGUUCCGUUAAUGAUUGCCUGAUGAGCGCUUCUGGAAGUCAGAAUACUGUUACUGUAAAUGCUAAGCGCGAGGAACCAUGUGCUCAACCUCCCUCUGGGGAUGACUUGUAUGAUGUUUUGGGUGUGGAAUUUAAAAACAAAUUACUCAACGGCAAGUGGAAUAAUUUACUUGGGGACAAACCAUAUUUGAAGACACAAGAUAUAGUUAAAGAUGCUUCAACAUUUAUGAGCAUCCGGGAGGCAAAUUCUGAUCCUUUUUCACUUACUGGAGGAGUCUCAGACAGUAACAUGUUCUCUGACCCGGGUACUGACCAUCUUUUAGAUGCUGUGGUAUCUAAGGCACACUCUGCUGCCAAACAGAGCUCAGAUGAUAAUGUUUCUUGCAGAACAACAUUGACAAAGAUUAGUAUGCCAUCCUUUUCCAGUGGUUCUCCCACCUAUGGUAGGAUUGGCAUGUCUGAUCAGGUGCAAAGGGAGUUAAUUUGCCUGCCAAAAAGAGCAGGGACCAUAGCAUCUAGCUCUUUUAGAUCUGGCUGCAGCAAGGAUGAUGUAGGAACUUGUUCUCAAACUACUUCCAUUUAUGGGUCCCAACUGAGUUCCUGGGUUGAGCAAGGGCAUAAUGCUCGGCAUGAUUGCAGUGUUUCAACUGCAUUUUCCAAGAAAAACGAUGAAACAAGCAAGCCAAAUCGCAAAAGGCUUAAAGCUGGAGAGAACCCAAGACCUAGGCCGAAAGAUCGUCAGAUGAUCCAAGAUCGUGUUAAGGAGUUGCGUGAGAUUGUACCAAAUGGAGCAAAAUGUAGCAUAGAUGCUCUGCUUGAACGCACAAUCAAGCAUAUGCUUUUCUUGCAAAGCGUGACAAAGCAUGCAGAUAAACUGAAACAAACUGGGGACUCCAAGCUUCUUAACAAGGAAAGUGGACUACUUUUGAAGGAAAAUUUUGAGGGAGGGGCAACAUGGGCAUUUGAAGUCGGUUCACAAUCUAUGGUCUGUCCUAUCAUAGUUGAAGAUCUGAAUCCACCUCGUCAGAUGCUCGUUGAGAUGCUUUGUGAAGAACGAGGUUUCUUUCUAGAGAUAGCUGACUUAAUUAGGGGAUUGGGUUUGACAAUCCUGAAGGGGCUGAUGGAAACUCGAAAUGACAAGAUCUGGGCGCGUUUUGCUGUAGAGGCAAACAGGGAUGUAACAAGGAUGGAAAUAUUUAUGUCUCUUGUUCAACUUUUGGAGCAAACUGUCAAGGGCAGUGCACCUCUAGUGGGUGCUUUGGAGAAUGGCACUACGAUGGUUCAUCACACGUUCUCCCAAGCUGCCUCUAUACCUGCAACUGGUAUGCCUAGUAGUUUGCAGUGAACUGCCUGCUAAACAGUAUUUCUGGUGUGGAUAUGUUAAGAGCAAUUGCAGUUUUGCUUGCCAUGACUAACAUAUGUUCCAGCCUAAGCUCUUUGGCAGUUCUAACUAUCUCUAACAUUUUUGUCCCCAAAAAAACUAGAUUAUGCCUAACUUCAUCUCACAGAAGGGGGAAUUUGUUUAGAUAGCCAUCAACUUUGUGUACCUUUUGGCGAUGAACAUCCGAAUUUUUGGAUCAUCCAACGGUUGGGGAAAACAAUUUAGCUUUCAGAGUACGUAAAUUGGUGGUGUUAUAGGUGACUAGACAUCAAUGCUGCAGAAUCUUAGUUUAGUCUCUCAUUAUAGGCUGGAGAAGGUUUGCAUAUCAGGGGGUAUUAACUAUUGUAUAGGGGGUUCUAGAUAUGAAAUGAAGGGAUCUGUCUUCCCUUUCGAAAAGACAAUGUGCCUCGUCUUUUUCUUUGUUGUGUUGCAAGUUUCUGCUGUGAUUUGUUUUCCUCCUGGACCCUUCUUAUUCUGCGUGGUUUGCAAAUCAGUGAUUUUAUACUUUGGAUGGUAUCUUUGAAAUGUAUGCUGUUAGUCGAAUUUCUAAUUACUUGAAUGUUA